CAACUCCACCAAGGUGACACAACACAACCAACUCAAAAUGGUCGCCGGAGCGUAUGCGACGAGCCCAAGAAGGCGCAAAACGUACAGAAAUGGCUACUCUGCCAAAGCUAAUGGAUUUGCAGCUCACGAACAAGCAAAACUUAAAGAAUUUAAAGAGUCCUUUACGGAAGAUUUCGAGGAUACUCCAUUUCAAGUUGCUGUUUUGACCUAUCUAUCUUACUUCUUUUUGAUUCUGUUCGGCUACUUACGUGACUUCAUGCGAAAAUACGGUUUGGAAAAGUCAAAAGCACCGAAAGAGAGCGGAAACGAGGGUUUUGUCCCUCUUUAUGCAGAUUUUGAAAGUUUCUACACAAGGAAUCUUUACACUCGAAUAAGAGAUUGCUGGAACAGACCAAUCUGCAGUGUUCCUGGUGCUGAUAUUGAAAUUCUUGACAGAGUCACUGAUAAUUAUGGAUGGUCCUUCCGAAAAACAGGGGAGACCACAAAAGCCCUUAAUCUUGGUUCUUAUAACUACCUUGGCUUUGCGGAAAAUGUUGGUCCAUGUGCUGAGGCUGCUGAGAAAACAGUUCUUAAGUAUGGUUUGGGAGGCUGCAGUCCAAGGCAUGAAUAUGGCACUCUUCACAUUCAUGAUGAACUGGAAGCUCUUGUGGCUCGGUUUCUUGGCAAGCCUGCCGCAAUAGCAUUUGGAAUGGGUUUUGCUACAAACUCCACCAACAUACCCACACUAGUGGGGAAAGGAGAUUUGAUUGUCAGUGAUGAAUUGAAUCACUCAUCUCUUGUUCUGGGAGCCAGAUUGUCUGGAGCUAAAAUUAAAGUCUUCAAACACAAUGACAUGAAAAGCCUUGAGGAUAUUCUUCGUGAAUCUGUUGUUCAGGGACAGCCACGCACUCACAGACCUUGGGGAAAAAUUCUCAUAAUUGUUGAAGGAAUUUACAGUAUGGAAGGUUCAAUAGUGAGAUUGCCAGAGGUGGUAGCUCUUAAAAAGAAGUACAAAGCUUAUCUUUUCCUUGACGAGGCCCAUAGUAUUGGUGCCAUGGGCCCAAAUGGAAGGGGUGUAACAGACUACUUUGCCGUAGAUCCUGCUGAUGUUGAUAUAAUGAUGGGAACUUUCACAAAGAGUUUUGGUGCCGCUGGGGGUUACAUUGCUGCAACUGAGGAAAGAAAAGACUCUUUCAAUUGGCUGAAAAUUGCAAGUACUUCAGACAGAGACUCAAGCAGAUGGGAUUUAUAGUGUACGGUCAUGAUGCCUCCCCAGUUGUCCCUCUUCUUCUCUACAUGCCAGCAAAAAUCGCAGCAUUUGGCCGUGAAAUGCUAAAAAGGAACGUAGCUGUGGUUGUGGUUGGUUUCCCUGCUACCCCACUGAUUGAGUCUCGCACCAGAUUCUGUCUGUCGGCCGCGCACACCCGGGAACCGCUGGAUAAGGCUCUGGAAGCUAUCGAUGAAGUAGGCGACAUUCUUCAGCUCAAAUACUCGAAACAGGCACAGAAGAAAUAGCUGGAGUUUCAUGUUGGGUGAACGAAAGUCACAUAGAGACAAAACACUGUAUCAUGGAAAUGAAGUCACUGAUAUAAUGAUAAUUUGAAUAUUACUCACCAUUAUGGCCACAAAAGAGUAGACUCGUUUUGGUACUUUUGAGGUAAAGGUUUAGUUGCUGUGGUCGAACCUCUCUAGGAAUUUUAAAUUAAAUGCAAAGCACACAAAACCUUUUCUUCUUAGUGGGAGAGCCUGGGAACCAGACUCUGUCAGAUCGUCUUACGAUUGGUGAAGGGUUCUUCCAAACUUUCCAAGAGAUACUUGCUGGGAAUCUUAGCAAUGUGCUUUGUUUAUAUUUAUUUAACGACUUGGGUUGCUAUUUUUUCUUCUUUUUCCCACAAGUCUUGCAAAUUUGUUAUAAAAUAUUUCUGUUUUCUUUGCUUAGCCUCUUUUUCGCAUCGUUUUCGAGAGAUAUUAGUUAUCUGCGGCAAACCAGAACGGCGACGGCAACGAGGACAUGGCAAAACAAAAGGUAUAAUAGGCAGAACAAUAGCUCAGCUCGUGCGUUUUAAGAUGUUGUACAUUUCUUAGCUGUCCUCUGUAAAACAUCAAAGUGAAAUCACCAAUAUGUGCGUGUUCUGAGAACGGAAACCCCGGCGGCAAAUUGUUCAAGUUUCCAUUUGGAACUCAACGCUGCUCACAUACGUUUUGCUAAAGUUGAGGUGUGGAGCCGUACGAGACAGUACACUAAUGCAGCCAUUUGAGAAAUUCUAGCUUGAAAUAUGAAUUGAUUUUUUUUUGUUUUUUUGAUCGACCUCAUCCUCGAUGUUACCGUCGUGGCUGCUUAAGAGGGACUUUAAGCAGUCAGGACGGCAACGCCACGGAAGACGUCGAUUAAAAAAUGAGUUUCUACUUUUAGUUAGA